AUGAGUCUGAGACAUUUUAAUUCAGAAAUGACAAUGGAGGACAGAAGCAGCCGCAGCAGUGGCAGAGAAAGGCUGGGACUGAGCUUCACUAUCGACUAUCUUCUGUUCAAUAAAGGAGUCAAGGGUCCCAAAGAGGAACUGGUAGAAAGUCGAAUGACAGAGCGGACAGUAAACAACGUGCCAAAUCAUCGGAGUCGUAAACCCAAAGAGGAGGGGAUUCGCCACGAGACACAGGGGAAGGGGCUACAGGGGUCAGACGAACAGACUGAAGACAGGAAAGUCAAAGAAGAGGAGGGGGCUAAGGAGCAAGAAGAGGAGGGGGAGGAGGAAGUUACCACCGCCGCGACUUCGAUCGGCAGCAGCCCGAAAAGAUCUGCAGACAAGCCCACCGAAUCCUACAUCGCACUCAUCUCCAUGGCAAUCCUGGCUUCAGAGGAGAAGAAACUGCUGCUGUGUGACAUCUACCAGUGGAUCAUGGAGCACUACCCUUACUUUAAGAGUAAGGAUAAAAACUGGAGGAACAGUGUGCGGCACAACCUGUCCCUGAACGAGUGCUUCGUCAAAGCAGGUCGAAGUGACAACGGUAAAGGCCACUUUUGGGCAAUUCACCCCUCAAAUUACCAGGACUUUUCUAAUGGGGACUACCACUGUCGUAGAGCCCGGCGGAGGGUACGCAGGGUGGUGAGACAACUCCCCUUCAUGCCUUUAGGUUCUCCGUACUACACUGCCUUCCACCCCACCCACAGGACAGCCUGCUGGUGCUGUCGUCCCACCGCCGCCCACCCUCUGCCCUGCCUGCCGCCCAGACUCUUCUGUGGGUGGCCCUGUGUGCAGGCACAGGCGGGACACCAACCAGGCUUGCACGCUCCUUUUCCAUAA